AUGUCCGACUCUUUCACAAGUUCCUCAUACUACUACAGUUCCACAACCAACGGCAACGACGGCAAGAGCACCACCGGACACCGAUACUCGACAACAUCACACACCCAAGGCGACGGCACGACCAUCGUGCGAACCGCACAGCAAGAGCUCGGCCAACCAGCAGUAGUUGAAGAGCGACGCUACGACAGCACAGGCCAGGAACAGCUCGCACUCCCUGAGCCAAGCACAUCCGCUGGAGGAAUUCGCCAGAUCACAGGUCUAGAGGACGAUCUCGACGCCGAUGAUUCCGCUCCCGCGCCGCCUAUCCUGGCUGGCGCUGGGGGUCCGGCGGCUCAACUCUUGGAUGGGGAUGGGGAGGACGAUUCGUUUGAUCAUGUUUCUGCGCCGCUGGGGUCUAGGGUUUAUGACUCUAUGACUGGGGCUUAUGUCGAGCCUACGGAUUAUGAUAUCGGUGGGAUUACCAGACAAAGCCAUGAGGCGAAUGCCGCUGGACGUCGGUCCAGGAGGCAUGUGGACUUCGAUUCGGAUGGCUUGACAUCUUCGGCGAGAGAGCAUCGCGUAUUUGAAGAUCCUAGUACUGGAAGUCGACUGCGCAAGCAGUCGGAUAUCGAUGCCUCGGACGUGCUUUAG